CGAUCAAGAAGUGUGUCUAUUGUCAAUAGUGUAUCGAUAUGACAGAAGCCAAAUUAUACAGAUUUCUGUUGGUUAACCUGGUCACCAACUUCAGGGUGCAAAACGUGAGAAGCAUUCGCGUAUGCAAACAAACAAACAAACAAACAAACAAACAAACAAACAAAAAACUUAAGUAGGCUACUGCAAGUGUCACUUUUGGGGCUCCGUAAAUUCUCUACCGACUUAAUGGAGAACAUAAAUCCCGUCUUAUUUGGAAGACCGAGCUCUUGACGCCAUAAAGCCACUAAAUGCAGAAUAAAAUGAUGAAGAUGCAGACGCACAAGAGGAACAUUAAUCUGAGUGAGAUGGAAAAUCCACUGACAGGCCAUCAAUGUGCAACGUGACCUGACCUGUACCUACACUUGUUUAACCAUCCAUGUCUAAGCACCUGCAGCAGGGCCAGUCAGUGGCGACAGGAUGACAGUGGCCCCCUGGGUUUGAGGGUCUCACAAUAACCACACUGUUGGCUUCAGGACACUUCCUGGGAGGAAUUUCCGGCAGUGUAUACUUCAUCCAGCAAUCGCCAAAGGGUUAUCUAUUCUUAUGGUCGGUGAUGGUGUGACAGACACAUCUUUCACGCUCUGAUCUUCCCGAGGGGGAGCUACUGAGGUUUAGCUGGCAGAUGAUGCAUCAGGGGGAGGAGGAAAGGCCGUGUUUAUCUGCUGUCCCCGUGUCACAGAGAGCUUCUGAGGAGCAUUCAGCUGCCAGCGGCAUCAGCAGCCUCAGCCAUCCAGCUGUUCACCUCACUGCCACAGCUAAAGUGAUGAGUCCCAGCCUUCCCUUUCAGGACUAAAAGUGGACAGGAUGUCAAUUGGUUGGACUAUGAUUCUAAAAGAUGACUCAGGUGUAACGGGCUGGACAUGGCGUGUUGGGAACUACCUGCUGCUCUCUAUUUCUCUAAUUGGAAUGCAAGUGAGGUCGGACCUGGAAUUUCCAAAGGACGGACACUAUGUGUGGAAAAUGGGUCAGUGGGGCAGGUGUAUGGGAGAAGAAUGUGGAACUGGUGGGGUUCAAUCCAGGACAGUUUGGUGCAUCCACUCAGAAGGCUGGACCACGCACCACUCCAACUGCCGGCACUCCGACAAACCUGAGAGCCAGAGGCCUUGCUUUAAAGUGUGUGAGUGGCACCAGGACCUCUUCGAAUGGGAGGUUUCAGAAUGGGGGCCGUGCGUUCUAGCAUCAUUCCAUUCCAAUGAGCUCAAACUGAGGACGACGGAGUGUGUCACGGCCCAGCAUGGCAUCCAGAGACGGAAGGUCCACUGCGUGCGCACUUCAAACCGCACAGCGGUUACAGAGAGGAUAUGCGAGUUCUUUUCCCCACGGUUGGCACUUGAACAGGCCUGCUUAAUCCCCUGCCCUCACGACUGCAUCGUAUCCGAUUUCUCCUCCUGGUCUGGCUGUAGUCGAACAUGUGGCACGGGUCUCCAGCAUCGAACCCGAAAUGUUUUAGCGGCGCCGAUGUACGGAGGCGCUAACUGCCCUAACCUCACCCAAACAAGGACUUGUGCGAACCUCUCGCCCUGUCCCGUUGGGGAAAGUGAGCAUCACUACAGCCUUAAAGUUGGCCCCUGGAGUGAGUGCAGGCAGCCGCAACACAAAGGGCUGUGGAUGAGUGGAAGGACCAUGCUGGACUUUACCACAGGAGAUACGGAGAGGAACACCGUCAAACGACACAUCCAGAGCUCCCAGCACCACCAUCACCAUCUCCACCACCACCACAGCCUCAAGGGCUUGGAAGUGGAGAUCGGCUAUCAGACGCGCCAAGUUCGUUGCGUGCGCAGCGACGGCAAGAACGCCAUGCUGAGUCUUUGUACCCUUGACAACGGCCCUGGAACAUUCCAGUCAUGCAUUAUGCCCAGAGACUGCGAGACCUCUGAUUGGUCUGUUUGGAGUCCAUGUUCAAAGACAUGUAGGGCAUCGGAUAUGUCGCCUGGUUUUCGGGUCAGGACUCGAAGCAUAACACAGACUCCUAUUGGACUAGGCAAAGAAUGCACCGCUCUUGAAGAAAAGGAAGCUUGCAACAUCAUUGGAGACUUACUUCCAAACUGCCCUAGGUAUGUGUGGAAGAGCACAGAUUGGGGGGACUGUCAAGUGGCCCCUCUUCUCAGCCAGCAGGACAGACGGCUUAACAAUGUAAGCGUUCUCUGCGGUGGAGGGAUUCAGACCAGGCAGCUGUACUGCGUCCAGGUCCCAGACAACUCCAGCCCUCAUCACAGAAAAGAGGUGUCUAGGCCAGUAAGUGGGCGUCUGUGUACAGGAGAUUUGCCUUCUGGGGUGCAGCCCUGCUCUAUACCGUGCCCACAGCUAUGCCUGCUCUCAUCCUGGUCCUCCUGGGGGGCCUGUCUCCACGACAACUGCAUGGAAACACAUGGACGAAAAGGCUACAGGCAGAGGAGAAGAGAGGUGCUGGAGGAAGGAUCAGGAACCGAAAGCUGUGCCCAUCUCCUGGAGUCAAUGCCCUGUGAGGACCCAGUGUGCUUCCUGUGGCAGGUGCAGUCUGAGGGCGCUUGUGUGCCCACCGAAGGGAACUGUGGAAAUGGAACCAGGACUCAAACUGUGGCUUGCGUCAACUCACAAGGGCAGCUUGUUCCUGAGGAGCUCUGUGAAGAUGAGCCACCCCCUAAAGAGGUGUCCUGUGUGAUGGCCUGUUCAGGUGACUGUGUGCUCAGCUCAUGGUCUGAUUGGUCCUCCUGCUCCCACAGCUGCUCCAGUAAAAGCUCAGAGGGCAGACAAAGCCGCACACGGACCAUAUUAGGCUUACCAGGAGAAGCUAAGGCAUGUCCAGCUGCUGCUGCUCUAGAGGAGUGGAGAACUUGUAAUGAUCAUCCAUGCAUCACAUUCUACUGGGAAGCGUCGCCAUGGGGACCAUGCAUUGAGGACUCCUCCAUGAAUCUAAAUGGCACCGGCUACUGGAACGGAACGGCCACCUGUGCAGUCGGGGUGCAGAUUCGUAAAGUGGUCUGCAUGAAAACGGGCGUCGGGCCAGUUAUUCCCAAAAGGUGUCCAGAAGCUGCCCGACCAGACACCAUUCAACCCUGUUUACUUCCCUGUAAGAAAGAUUGCAUUGUGACUCCUUUCAGUGAAUGGACAGCCUGCCCUACCACAUGCCUGCCAGUGAACAGCAGCGUGCCCUCGCAGUCACGAUACAGGUUCAUCAUCCAGAGGGCGGCCAAUGGGGGUCAAGAGUGUCCUGAUACUUUAUAUGAGGAGAGAGAAUGUGAGGCUCUUCUGGUUUGUCCUAUUUACAGAUGGAAGACACACAGAUGGCAUCCAUGUACUCUGGUCCCAGAUUCUGUCCAGCAGGGAAUGACGGGAGCCAGUGAAUCGUGUGGUAAAGGAUUAGAGAUGAGAGGAGUGAGCUGUGUGGACGAGUAUGAUGAGAUGGCAGCCGUGUCAGAGUGUCUCCGGUGGGCCGGUCCGAUGCCGUCACGCUUCAGGAGCUGCUGGGUGCCGUGCAGGGAUGACUGCACCUUCAGCUCCUGGUCGAAAUUCUCUGAAUGCUCUGGCUGUGGGAGCCGACAUACCCGCAAACGCACACUAACAGGCCGGAGCCGGAAACAAGACCGCUGUCAGCGUGAAGACUUGUACCCUCUGGUGGAGUCCGAGCCCUGUCCGUGUGAGGAGUUUGUUUCUCAGCCGUAUGGUAAUUGGUCCUCUUGUAUCCUAUUGGAGACCCCGGUGCAAGGAUCCCUUCAGGGAUGGAGGGGUCGGCGAGAGGUGCGUGACUGCGGUCACGGAUUACGUUAUCGUGCCGUGGCCUGUCUGGACCACGAAGCCCACCUGGUUAGCCCAGACCUCUGCAGUGAAUCAGGUCUGGUGGAAGAGGUCUGCCACAUACCCUGCCCUCUGGACUGCAAGCUGAGUGACUGGUCACCGUGGUCGGCCUGCAGCGCCUCCUGCGGCAGCGGGCUGAAAAUCAGGUCCAAAUGGCUACGGGAGAAGCCGUUCAAUGGUGGGCGGCCAUGCCCCAAACUAGACCUGAAGAAUCAGGCUCAGGUGUAUGAGGCUGUGCCCUGUCGCAGUGAGUGCGGUCAGUACGAGUGGGUAACAGACCCCUGGUCAGUCUGCACCAUCAACACAGUGGACGAGCUGCCAGCCUGUGGUGAGGGGGUCCAAAGCCGCAAGAUUCGGUGUAUGAGGCGUGGCAGUGAGGAUCUGGUUAGCAGUGUGAAUGAGACCUUCUGUGACCAGGAUGAAAUCCCUCCCCAAGCUCAGACGUGCAUCUUGCCGUGCCCUAAUGACUGCGUGAUGUCCCAGUGGAGUCAAUGGAGCACCUGUUCAAUACCAUGUAAUGAAAGCACAGUGAGGAUGAGGACGAGACACGUGCUGCGCCCCCCAGUGGCCGACAGAGUGUGUCCAGACAGCAGCCAGACAGAGCCCUGCAGCCUCAACAGCACCUGCUUCAAUUAUCACUACAAUGUCUCCAGCUGGAGCACCUGUCAGCUGAGCGAACAUGCCAUCUGCGGCCAGGGCACGAGGACACGACUUUUAGAUUGCAUCCGCAGUGAUGGCAAAGUGGUGGAUUUGAGCGUGUGCGAGGAGCUGGGCCUGCCUCAACCAUGGAGACUGACGAUGAACUGUGUGAUGGACUGUCCCUUUAACUGCAUCCUGUCUGACUGGGCACCCUGGACCGAGUGUUCACACACCUGUGGCAGUAAAGGUGUUAUGACUCGCUCUCGCAGGGUGCUUCAGCAAGCUCAUGAUGAGGGACGCCCCUGUGCCUCUCAGCUAUCCCAGUCCAAACCCUGUCCCAUCAGCCCCUGUUACACGUGGCUUCUGAGCGAUUGGUCUCCCUGCACAGUGGAGGGGGCAGAAUGUGGAGAGGGCAAGAGGGAGAGGAACCUGACGUGUGUGGUGCACUGGUCAGACUGGCUGGACAGCCCCUAUCCUUCGAAAACAGUAGAGGACGAGAAGUGUGGAGACCGUGUGAGAAAGGAAAGCGAGCAGGAACUGCAGCAGCCGUGUUUCGUUCCCUGUCCAGGAGACUGUCACCUCACAGAGUGGUCGCAGUGGAGUUCCUGUCAGCUGACGUGUCUGGAAGGACGCAGUUUUGAGACAGUGGGCCGUCAGGCUCGCUCACAGGCUGUGGUCAUACAAGUGCUGGAGAAUCAGGACAGCUGCCCUCACCAAGUCUUUGAGACACGUCCAUGUAAAGGAGGGAAAUGUCACAGUUACGAGUGGAGGACCAGUGCCUGGAAUGACAACGAAAGAUCAGUGUGGUGCCAGCGGUCUGAUGGGGUCAAUGUGACAGGGGGCUGCUUUCCACAGAAUCGGCCAACCACUGUGCGGCACUGUCACCCUCCCUGCACCAAACCCUUCUCCCACUGCAAGCAGAGCGGUGUGUGCGGCUGUGAGAAGGGCUACACUGAAGUGAUGACCACACAUGGAUUCCUGGAUUACUGCACCAAGACCCCAGGAACUGACAACAAAAAGGCAGAUGUGAAGACCAGCUCGGGAAGAUUAAAACCAGGCACCACUCAGAUCCAGGACUUCUUCGGCGAGUGGUCCCUGCAGCCGCUCGGCCCAGAUGGAAGAAUAAAGCUGUGGGUCUAUGGGUUAACAGCUGGAGGAUUCAUUCUCAUAUUGUUCAUAAUCGCUGUGGCCUUUCUGUUUUGCAAACCAUCCAAACAAAGUAAAAGUGCAUCUCCACCACAGAAGCCCUUGACUCUGGCCUAUGACGGGGAUGUGGACAUGUGAUCAAGCUCUCUGUGACAUUCAUAUGUACAUUCAAAGCACAAGCUGGACUACGUGCAACAUUUUAAUAUGUUCAUCUCUCCAAGGCACACUUUGGAUUUUAGAAAAAAGAAAAAGACACAAGGAGUAACAGAUAGACAUGAAAUCUGCAGCGUACACAAAACGUUGUAUGCACAACAGCAAGGACAAAGGUUUUGGAUCAGUGGAUGUCGUCAUGAAAAUCGUGACAUUUAAAGAGGGUACGAGACACAGCUGACAUUCCAUGGACCAGAUGGAGGACUUUGACAUUUUCUUGCCGUGAUAUUUCUUACAUCAUAACAAAAAAAAAAAAAAAAAAAGGAAAAAAAAGUUGUGCCGAAUCUAUUGUAUCAGUCGUAUUAAAAGCCUAGUUCACCCAAAAAUGAAAACUGUGUCAUCAUUUACUCACCCUCAAACCUGUAUGACUGGAUCAUGACCGGACAACACGAUCAUUGAGUCCAAUUAGUGAAUUAGUCAUUCAGAACUGCUUUGUGAACUGAAUCAGUCAGACUCAAAAUAACUGAAAAAAUAAUUGAAAUUUGAAUGUCUCACAGAGUUAUUGUAUUAAUAAUAAGGUUUGAAAUAUAAUGCACAAGUUGUAUGUAUAAAUUGCACUUAUAUUAUUCCAUAAUUAUAAUACUUUCAUUAUGCUUUUGCAUCCUUUUUGAUGCUUGAAAGCUCCAGUCGCUGUUCAUAAGUGCAUUGACAAGAACAACUAAUGCAUCAUUAAAAUGUAUCCUUGUAUGUUCUACUGAUAAAAUAAAAAGUCGUACAGGUUUGCAACAACUUGAGGGUGAUUAAAUUACAGAAUUUUCAUUUUGGUGUGAACUAUCCCUUUAAGGCGAUCUGACAGUGACUUUUUAACAGAGAACAAGAAAAGACUGAUGUGUUAUGCACUAUAUUAGUGCUUAGUCAUUGUUUAGUUCCCUCUUGAUUUAUGUUCAACCAGAUUUUGUAGUGUUUUUUCAUUGUGAUGCAAGGACUUUGCUGUAAACUGGUGUUUUCGUGUGGAAUGUCGUGUGUAUGCGUGUGUAUGAUCCACACAGUAAACCAAAACACAGCUCAUUUAGACGCUGCGAGAGGUUAAGGUGGUGAUCUGCUGGUGUGCUGCUUCCACACGCCUCAGUUUGUCCUUUAACCUUCGUCUAGCAGCUGAAAAAAUGAUGAGGUCUGCUCCAACACCAGCAGAUAAUGAACUGUGUUCCUGUGACACGUAGAAGAGUUUUUGAAAGUGGCUUCCUGCAAUAUCCUGCGGUUAGAGGAACUAAUUUAACACAGAUACAGUUGACCAAUGCGUUUGUGUAGAGUCUGCAUGAGCAUAACACCGGGAGAGGUGCUUCAACUCUAUGAAUGUUCAUCAUUUUCAAUAAAGUACAGGUGCUGGUUCUGUAUUUUAAUAAUAUUCCUGCUAGUCCUUUUUUGGCUUUAUUGACUGACUUCUUGCUGGAAUAAUUGUCUUGAUCAUCUGUUUCAAGACCAACAGUGUCAAGGUUCGCUUCGGUCCUUGUACUGCCACGUGACGAAACCUCUCCUAAAUCUCUACGGUCCUCAUUAUAAUAAAAUAAUUUGUGGUUUUAAGCUACAAAAGACCCUUGGUUCAUAGGGUCUUACUCCACCAAAAGAAUGUAUUCUGUAUGUGUUUCAUACAUGCACAUGUAUUUUUUCUUUCAGUUUUUUUUUUUCUUUUUUUCCCAUUUGUGUUUCUGCUGCCAUCCGUGUUGGCUAGUAAGUCUACAUCAAAAACAGAUCAGAACAGUUCCUCUCUGUUUGAGACUCAUCAGGAUGAUCUGCUGCUCUUAGACUGAUUACAUCAAAAGGCUUUGGCGUAUUUCUAAAUUAGUCCACUGAUGUGAGAAGCUAAAAUGUGUAUAGCUUAUAAUAGUUUUAUUAAUUUAUUUUUUUCAGGGGUUGCUGACAAACCCCGGAAAAAACGGCAAUAUAUAUUUUGAAGCCCAAUUGUGCGUGUGCAUGCUGGAUUGAUUUUGUCAUACCCUGGAUUAUUCCAAAAGUGGCCUUGCAUUUUUAUGGAAAUUUGCUCCUAUAGUGACAAAGUCAACAGUGUGUUUUGUUCGUUUGAUUUCCUUGGUUUUUCUUUGUUGCCCCUUAGAACUGACUUGUUUACAUGGCUUCUUCUUCUAAAAUGUUCAGUAUGCUCUCAGCACUAUAUACAGUUGCCUGUAAAACACUGACCUUUAGUUUACAUAGUACUUUCUGUUUUAAUUGUGUGUACUUGAAGAGUUGAACGAAAAUGCUAAUAAAUUGUGAUACUCUGUGGGAAAUUAAGUUUCUCGUUAAUCAUAUGUUAAUCUGCAUCAAAGAUGGAUGGUGUUUUCAGCUAUUUGGACAGAAAUGAGGCAAAUGUUAUGUCUUUGUGC